ACCCGAUUUUCCCGGAUCCGUUAAACUCUCUAGUAACUACACAGGGAUCAAGUCAAAGAAGCAGCCAUGGCCGUUCAAGCGACGGUAUCGAGGUUUCCGUUCGACGCGGAUGCUCAGGAGGCCUCGGGUUUACCGUGGGGACUGACGGUGACGCCGUUCGCGGCGAAGGACGAGAACGGCGUCGGACCCGCGUACGGAUCCAACGGCCACUUGCUCCCUCGCUGUGAGAACUGUUACGCCUACUUCAAUUCCUACUGCGAACUCGAUCAAUGGGCUUGGAACUGCUCCCUCUGCGGCACUCUCAAUGGUCUCUCCUCUGAAGCCAUCGCUCGCUACUCUCUCCCUCAGUCUAGCCCCGAGAUGAUCUCCUCCUUCAUAGAUCUCGAAUUGCCUCUGGAUGGAUCGGAGGAGGAAAUGACGCAAGCGCGGCCAGUUUAUGUUGCCGCAAUUGAUCUUUCAUCUUCUGAGGAGUUUCUAGAACUGACAAAAAGUGCAUUGCUAGCUGCUUUGGAAGCUCUUAGUCCAGGAGCGCUUUUCGGACUUGCUACAUUCAGCCACAAAAUAGGACUCUAUGAUGUUCAAGGGCCUAUACCUGUUGUAAAGAAUGUAUUUAUCCCCCCAGAUGCCGACAGCAGAUUAUCUCUAGAACUUGAGGAUGUCAUGCCCUUGUUACAAUUUUUAGCUCCGGUUGAAACUUGCAAGGACCGUAUUGCUGCUGCUCUUGAGACACUGAGACCAAUAUCUUCAUGGGAAAGAUCAGCUGGAGCAGCUCAAGGACUGGACGGUGUAUUGAUGGGUGGUAGAGGUUUCGGAACAGCAAUGGAAGCCCUCUUCAACUACCUUGGAUCAGAAUACGGGAAUACAUUUGCAUUAGCUAGAGUGUUCGCUUUCCUAUCUGGUCCUCCUGAUUAUGGGCGUGGACAGCUGGACACAGGUAGAUAUGGAGAACAGUAUGCAAGUAAAAGGGUGGAUGCAGAUCGUGCUCUGCUUCCUGAGCAAACGCCGUUCUACAAAGACCUAGCUACUGUUGCUGUCCAAUCAGGUGUAUGCGUAGACAUAUUUGCAGUUACAAAUGAGUACACAGAUCUAGCAUCGCUGAAGUUCCUUAGUAUCGAAAGUGGCGGCUCACUAUUUUUGUAUUCAAGCACUGAUGAUUCAACCCUUCCCCAGGACAUGUUUCGGAUGCUUAGCCGGCCAUAUGCUUUCAAUUGUGUGUUGAGAUUGAGGGCAUCGACUGAAUUCCAACCUGGCCACUCUUAUGGUCACUUCUUUCCUGAUCCGCAGUAUGCGAAUGUACAACAUAUAAUCUGCUGCGACUCGUAUGCAACAUAUGCUUAUGACUUCGAUUUUGCAAAUAACACUGGAUUUUCCAGAGAUUCCGGGGAGCAACCAGUUGUGCAGAUUGCGUUCCAGUACACAGUAAUGGAGCAGUCAAACUCAGAAAUGGUAUCUUCGAGUAGAAGUAACCACACACUUAAAAGAAGACUAAGGAUAAGAACUGUGCAAUUCGGAACUGCCCGCAACAUCAAUGAACUUUAUGAUAGCGUGGAUCCUGAAGUUGUACUAUUAUUGCUUGUUCACAAGGUAAUUUUAGCCUCUCUGGAUCAAGGAGUACGAGAAGGGAGGGCAUUGCUUCAUGAUUGGCUAGUACUGUUAACAGCACAGUACAACGAUGCCUUUAAACUCGCUCAGUACAAAAACAGAAGCUCGACUAUGACUUCUCAGAUCGAUGUCUCGUUCUCGCAAUGCCCCCAACUUCAGCCUAUGCCUCGCUUAGUGUUUGCCUUGCUCCGGAACCCCCUUCUCCGCUUUCAUGAAGAAGGUGUUCACCCUGAUUUCAGAAUCUACCUGCAAUGCCUAUUCAGUGGCUUGGAACCGAGCUCCCUGCAUCGUGCAAUAUACCCGGCAUUGAUGUCGUACACAACGCCGGAUAAGCAAGCGUAUCCACGGCACUCGUUGAGCAGAGCAGCGCUGAUAACGAGCGGAAGCCCCAUAUUUUUUCUGGAUGCUUAUACCACUUUGAUCGUCUUCUACUCAUCCACAGCUGACCCCUCCCUCCCUUUCCCUCCGCCUCAGGACUGUAUGUUGAGGAAGACGAUAAACAAGAUGAAGAAAGAGAGAAGCAUAACGCCGAGGCUGAUGUUCAUGAGAGGAGGAGAAGACGAUGCAACAGCUUUCGAGAAUUAUCUGAUAGAAGAACAGGACGUCAACGGCAGCAGCGGUUUCGCCAGCGCCAUGGGUUUCGUCUCCUUCCUCGAAGAUGUUACUCAGAGCGUCUCCCAGUACAUGAUGACCGAGGUUAAGUAAAAACACCCAUUACCAAAUGCCCUUCUUUUGAAAAAUUCAGUGACUGACUUUUCAUCUGUUGCAGUGUACUCAUCCCUCGAGUUCACUCUUAUGUUUCGAGAUUCUGUACUAAAAAAAAGUAGAUUUUUUUUUAUAAAUAUAUAAUGAUAUAAUAGCUUA